ACACUAGUCAUGGCGAUCGCUUUACGUCACUUCCUUCCGCGUCCGGAAGUGUGGCGUCUUACGAGUAUGGCGGCUUCGAAGGUGAAGCAGGACAUGCCUCCUCCCGGGGGCUAUGGCCCCAUCGACUACAAGAGGAACCUGCCCCGUCGAGGAUUGUCUGGCUAUAGCAUGCUGGCCAUAGGUAUCGGGACCUUGUUCUAUGGGUACUGGAGCAUGAUGAAGUGGAAUCGAGAACGCAGGCGCCUGCUGAUUGAGGACUUGGAGGCCCGCAUUGCCCUGAUGCCACUGUUCCUGGCAGAGAAGGACCGGAGGAUCUUGCAGAUACUUCGGGAGAACCUGGAGGAGGAAGCCAUCAUCAUGAAAGAUGUACCUGAUUGGAAGGUGGGUGAAUCAGUGUUCCACACAACACGCUGGGUGUCGCCCCUUGUACAGGAGCUGUACGUGCUGCGCCCCACCGAGGAGCUUGUCAAUGCCAACUAUGGCUACGUGUGCUACACAUAGGACCUGUGCCCUCAGCUUCCUGGAUACCGACCAUCCCCACUUAGAGAGAAUAAACACUCUGGAGACCUUG